AUGGAUCCGUUGAAGGCCAUUACUUUCGAGAAUGUUCUUCUCUCGAGGCGUGGCCAUUAUCUCAAAGGCUCGCUAAUCUUGUCGGAUUUCCACAUGGUGUUCUCCUUCGCCCAAGAGAAAGACACCAAACCCAGGGAAAUCUGGCUCUGCUACCCCGUGAUUGGGCGAAUGUGCAAAGCACGUAGAUCCUCAUGGUCUGUUUCACCGGUAGCAUCCAUGACGGGGGCAAAAUUGCCUCUUAUUGACCCGCCAACAGACACUGAUUUUGAUCGGUACUCUGCUUCUCACAUCCGUGUCUACUGUAAGGACUUUACGUACUAUUCUUUUGAUUUUGUCAACGACUCAACCUGCUCAGAAGUGUACCAUAAACUCAGUUUAUUGAUCACGUCUCCGAAAUUCAAGGGCUCAAUCAAGGAAUUUUAUGCAUAUGACUACAAACCUAACAUGCUAGAAUCGCGACUCGAGUCGUCCGGCUGGCUGCUCUACUCUGCUGAAGAUGAGUACAGGCGUCAGGAUCUUAUAUCAGAGGACUCUGAGACACAACCAUGGCGGCUCACUUCCAUAAACGAAACAUAUCGCUUUUGCCCUUCCUACCCACGAACAUGGGUUGUUCCAUCGUCGAUAUCAGACAGCAUUUUGAAACACGCGGGGAAGUUCCGUUCCAAGCAGAGAUUACCUGCCGUGGUGUACAAGCAUCGGGUUGGAGAAAAUGGCAAUGUCAUUGCGCGUUGUUCACAGCCUCUAGUAGGGCUCAACUUGCAAAACCGUUCAAUUCAGGAUGAAAAGUUGGUUGAGGAAAUCUUCCGGUCGCAGCAGUUGGAAAGGGCUGCUCGUCUUUCGAAUGAUAGUGAAUUUUCAGAGCAACCACAACGCAACUUGAUUGUGGAUUUGCGUCCUCUCACGAACGCGUUGGCACAGCAUGCUCUUGGAGCGGGCACAGAAAACGUUGACAAUUAUAAGGGACGGCAAUCUCAUGGUACCAAUUCGCAGGACUCUGAAUCUGGCAACGUCCGCCAUUUUCAGAACGUGGACAAAAUUUUUUGCAAUAUCGACAACAUCCAUGUGAUGCGUGAUUCGGUCAACAAGCUUAUCUCCAUCCUCAGUGACCUCGACAGGUAUCCUGUCUCAUCUAACGGUGAUACAAUGUACCCUCUUCUUCAGCAGUCCCUCACAAAGACACAAUGGCUCCAUCGAUUAUCUGUGAUUCUUCAAUCUGUAGAUCGCAUUACCAAAUCCGUUCAUUUGAACAACACAAAUGUUUUGAUCCACUGCUCAGACGGCUGGGACCGUACAUCUCAAGUAUCAGCGUUACUGCAGCUUUGUCUUGAUCCAUACUUCCGUACAAUGAAGGGUUUUAUGGUCUUAAUUGAAAAAGAGUGGAUAAGUUUUGGUUUCAAGUUUGCCACGAGAGCUGAUCAUGGUGGUUGCAUCGGUGCAUUGAUUCCCAGGUCUCAAACGGACUCGCAAGAUUCGCCUAAUGACUCUGAAUCUAUUUCUUCAGGGAAGCAAAACUCUCCGAGUGAGUCGACAGACUUGCCUCCGAGCAAGACGUACUCAAAUGGAGGCACCAAAGAAGCUGUCACAUCUUUUUUGCAAAGAGCUGCAACACACAUUAAGAAUACUGCUUCUGCAGCUGCAUCAUCUGCAUCUCAAAAGAGUCUUGAUAGCAGUGGCGAACAGUCGAACUACAUGGUCUAUAAAGGCUCGAACGAGUGUUCGCCUGUUUUUCAUCAGUUCUUGGAAUGUGUCUACCAGAUAAUGAGACAGCAUCCAACAAAAUUUGAGUUCAAUAGCCGUUUCCUCAAACGGCUUUUUUAUCACUACUACUCAUGUCAGUACGGAACGUUUUUAUUUGAUAAUGAGAUGCUGCUCUCUUUGCACCAAGCUCACAAAGAAACCGUUUCCCUUUGGGACUAUUUUCUCUCACGACCCACGGAGUUUACGAAUGCGUCGUAUCACAAGCCCUCCAACGAUGAUGUUUUAUUCAUCAACUUCUCGGAUGUGAAGUGGUGGUUUGAGCUAUACGGCCGUACAGAUGAGGAGAUGAAUGGGCUCUCUAAUUCCUUGGACAAGAAGUUUGCGCAGUUGGGUCUCAAUCAUAGUUCAAGUGAGGUAAGCACACAAGAAAGCACAACUUAA